GAAUCAUUUAAGAAACUUCAUUGUGGUUUUAGUAACAAAAAUUCAAUGACAUUAUUUUCCUUAUAUCUUUAAUUUUGCAAAUUACUAUGAGCAAAACAUAGAAACAAAACUAGAAAUUAAUUAAUUUUUGAUGAUUAUUGACAACUAAUGAGUAAUGAAAGUAUAUAAAGAAAAUUGUUCAAUGGAUUCAACAAAUAUUAUGUCUUCAGAAAACCACGAGGUGGACAAAACAGCGUUAUUUGAUGCUGAGCAGUUUUUAGCAAACUAUAGUAAUUUACGAGAUGAAUGUGACCGCCUUAAAAAUGAAAAUCAGCAAUUACAGAUUCGAGUUCAACAGAUAAAUCAAGAGUUUAAUCAAAAUCGCAUGGAUAAAGAAAAUUUGGAAAAACAUAUUCAACGAGAAACAUUGCGUCAUAAGGAGAUUGUUUGGAAUUUAAAGUUGGAAAUUCAACGUUCUCAAGAAGAAAGAUUGUCAUGGAAAGAAAAGUAUCUUGAUCUAUGUAUUCGAACUUCAAAUAAUGAAACAAAAGACACAUUAAAUCAAUCAAAAGUGACAAAACUUGGAGAAGAAAAAAAGUUAACCAAAAAAGCAAAAAGAAAAGUUGCAAGAAGGAUAAAACAUAAUAUAGUCUUAGAAGAUAUAGCUGAUAUUGGGGUUGGUAUAAAUGAAGCUAAUAAAGACCAGGUAGAUGAUCUAAGUUUAGAAGCUAGUAAUGACUCAACAGGAAUCACUACAAACGACACAGUAAAUGAGGAGCAGACUGGUUACUACAGCAUUCAGCCUGCAUCCUUUGACUGUCAGGGUCAAGCCGUAUCUGGUAACACUGCGACAUUUAUUUUACAAACUUCGGACGUCACUUAUUGCACAACUGCUGUUUUAGAAAACGCUCAAAGGUCUGGGUUUGCGAAUGGCUCCGUACCUUUUGCUUUAAAACCAGAAAACGUUUCAUUUAACGAUGCAGAAUCUUUCCAAGCAAGCCUUAACGAUGGCGAAACAGACUCAGAGCUAGAUGAAAAUACAGAAUUUAAUUAUCGUUGCAACUUGUGCAACUUCACGUACAGUGAUCAAGGAGGCUUAGACAAACACAUGAAAGCAAAGCACGCCGCAAAAACAGCCGUUUGUAAAGAAUGCGGCAAGGCUUAUAGUUCUAAAAGCAGCCUUGCUCAACACGUCCACCAUUAUCAUAGACAUCCGAUGGCGCACAACUGCGCCGUUUGUGGCAAAAAAUUUAACCGCAAAGAUUUUUUAUUAAAACACUUAAAAACACACACGAGUGAACGUGAUUUAAAAUGUUCACAUUGUGAUAAACUAUUUAAAACGCGAUCGGCGUUAAGUGCGCAUGUAAACGGUUCUCACAACGAGAAAAGACGUUUUGUUUGUGAUUUUUGCGGAAUGAGAACUAGCUGGCGGUUGUCUUAUUUAGAACAUAUGAAGUUGCAUACUGGCGAACCCAGGAAAUCGACUCGUAAAAAAUUACCUAGUGACUCUGAAACAGUUAGCCAGCAUACUAUUGAUCAUUUGGUCUCUGAACAAUCAAACGUCGUGCAGUAUAUAGGUGAAUCUUAACAUAAGUUGCAUUAUGCAACUGUUGACAUCAUUUUGUAUUUUAGAAUAACUGUCGCUAAGUCUUUCAUCAUUUUGUAUAUAGUUAAUUUAUAUUUUGAUAUAAUAAGAGAUUAACUUUUCAA